AAGCCCCGGCUCAGUCAGUAUAAAUUACAAUCACAACACGAUAGGAAGCAAAAGAUGAGCGAGAUUUUCAAAAACUUCUUCGGAAAAUUACUUCAACCGAUAAUGUCUGGUGACGCUUCCGCCAAUGUAGAACCCAUCGAACAGCCGAUAAAGCCGCGCCGCAGCGCCCGUUUGGUGCUCAUGCAGGAGCGGAAGCGACAUGUCGAGCAGGAGCUGAACAAUCGAGUGGAGGAACAAUUGGUCCAGCGUCUGGAUAAUCAAUUGCGCGUGCAAAGGCGGACCAAGUACACCAGACGCUUGACCGCUCAUGUGGAACAGCUAAUGGAGGUGCCAGAACUGGAGCAAGCGCAGCAGCCGCGCUUCGUGCCGCUACAGAAUAGACCCAAAAAGCGUAAACACAAUCCGAACAACAGCUCACGUUGCGUCUGUACCGAAAUUAAUGGGGAAUACUAUAAGCUUUACGAUCUGCCCGAUGAUGCCGAGUAUAUUGUUCCAAAUGCUGCACGUGGACCUUAAAAACGCAUUUAUAUAUAUUUUUGAUAAUUGAAAAACUCGUGUUUCUGAAAAUUCAUGAAAAAUACCUCCACGAGCGUAGAAAAAAUGUUCUAAAAAAUGUUUAAAAAAAAAUAGUUGUGUCACGUUGAGAACGGGAAUUUGUGGAAAAAGCUUAAUGUAGUUAAUUAAAUAUUUUUUUUGAUAAAAGAAUAAAUCGUACGAAGGAA